AUGGCGCGGACACUCAGUGUGUUGGAAAUCCUUCUCAUCGUCUUCUUCCUAAUUAUAUUGGCCGUAGAUGUCUUCUUGCUGUUUCUGGUGUCGGAGAAACCUUUAGAUACUUUAUUUACUCCACAAUGCCCAACGAUCCCUGAAUCAGAAAGGAUAGACUGUGUACCAGGCCAGAUGAUGUCAGAGGAAAAAUGCAAGAAGAAUAACUGCUGCUGGAAGCCUGUGCCAGACACGAAUGUCCCCCAUUGCUUCUUCCCCAGGAACUGGGGCUAUGAAGUCGACAGCGACACCUUUAAAAAUAAAAGCACAGGGUGUACUGUCAAGCUGAAAAAGUUGCCAACCCCAACUCUGUUUGAAUUUGAUGUCACUGACGCCCUCUUCACAGCUGAGUAUCAGACACCCAGGCGUCUUCAUUUUAAGAUCACUGAUUUCAACAACCAACGCUAUGAAGUCCCUCAUGAACAUGUUAAGCUGUUUGGCGGGACUGAUGGUGCCGCCAACUUGAGCUAUCACAUGGAGAUCAUUGAGAAACCCUUUGGCAUCAAAAUAAUGAGGACGAGCAACAAAAAAGUCUUGUUGAACACCAGCAUCGGGCCCCUCUUGUUCGCUAAUCAGUACCUGCAGCUGUCUUUCCGGCUGCCCAGCGCCAGCGUGUAUGGGCUGGGAGAGCACGUCCACCAGCAGUACCGCCACAGCAUGGACUGGAAGACCUGGCCCAUCUUCACCAGGGACGCCACCCCCUCCAAGGACAUGGCUAAUCUGUAUGGAGCUCACACAUUCUUCCUGUGCCUUGAAGACACCAGUGGCUCCUCUUUUGGGGUAUUUCUGAUGAACAGUAAUGCUAUGGAGGUCACCCUUCAGCCUGCUCCUGCCAUCACUUACCGCACCAUCGGGGGCAUUCUUGACUUUUAUGUGUUUCUGGGAAACACUCCGGAACAAGUUGUUCAGGAAUACCUGGAGCUCAUUGGACGACCAUUCUUGCCUUCCUACUGGAAUCUUGGGUUCCAGCUCAGUCGCAGGAAUUACAGUAGCAUCGAGAGAUUGAAAGAGGUCGUAAACCGAAAUCGUAAAGCCAGGAUCCCAUAUGACGUUCAGUACUCGGACAGAGACUACAUGAACAUGGAGAGGGAUUUCACUAUCGACGAAAAGGCUUUCCCUGGGCUCUCGGAUUUUGCCAAGAAUUUACAUGACCACGGACAGAAAUAUAUAAUUCUUAUGCAUCCUGGCAUCUACAGUGAUUCUGGGUACCAGCCCUAUAAGAAUGGAAAUAAAAAGAAAAUAUGGAUCUUGGGGGACAAUGGCUAUGUCGUUGUGCAGGGAGCUCUUGGAAAGAGAGUGUUUCCGGCUUACAAUAAUCCGGACUGUACUCAGUGGUGGACAGAAGAGUUCCAAGAAUUUUAUAAAACUCUGCAGUUUGAUGGAGUGUGGACUGAAAUGGAAGAAGUAUCUGUGUUUUCAUCUGAUGUUCAUGAUUGUGCAGAUAACAGCUUGAACUUUCCUCCGUUUACUCCUCGAUUUCUGAACCCCAGGCUUUUUGCAGAAACUCUCUGCAUGGACACCGAGGUUUACCAGGACUUUCACUAUGAUGUCCACAGCUUGUAUGGCUACUUCAUGGCAAGAUCCACAGACUCGGCCUUGAAGAGUAUCUUCCUCAAUAAGAGGAACUUCAUUUUAUCCCGUUCCACUUUUGCUGGAUCUGGCAAGUUUGCUGCUCAUUGGUUGGGGGACAAUACAGCCGAAUGGGAUGAUCUUCGGUGGUCCAUCCCUAGUAUCCUCGAGUUCAACCUAUUUGGCAUCCCCAUGGUAGGUGCCAAUAUCUGUGGUUAUUCAAAUGAUGUCACAGAGGAGCUCUGCAGAAGAUGGAUGCAGCUGGGAGCCUUUUAUCCACUAUCGAGAAAUCACAAUGGGCCUGGGUUCAGGGACCAGGACCCCGCCGCCUUUGGUGAAGACUCUCAGCUGUUGAAUUCCUCCAGACAUUAUCUCAGCAUCCGCUACACCCUGCUGCCCUACCUCUACACCCUGUUCUACCGCGCUCACACCCUCGGGGAGACUGUGGCGAGGCCCCUGGUCCACGAGUUCUACCAGGACAAUGCUACGUGGGGGGUGCACGAGCAGUUCUUGUGGGGGCCUGGACUCCUCAUCACGCCUGUUUUGUACAAAGGUGUGGACCGCGUGAAAGCAUACAUACCCGAUGCCAUCUGGUAUGACUAUGAGACAGGAGUAGCCAUCCAAUGGAGGAAACAGUUGGUGGAGAUGCCACUGCCCCCUGAUAGGAUAGGACUUCAUCUUCGAGGAGGCUACAUAUUUCCCACCCAGCAGCCAAAUACAACCACAGAGGCCAGCCGGAAGAAUUCCCUGGGACUCAUUAUUGCCCUGGACUACAAGAGAGAAGCAAAGGGAGAGCUGUACUGGGAUGACGGUGUGUCUGCAGAUGCUGUAACUAAGAAGAAUUAUGUUCUGUAUGAGUUUUCUGUCACCUCUAACCGUCUACAAGCAAAGAUUAUAAAUAAUAAUUAUAAGGACCCUGACAACCUCAUGUUUACAGAUAUCAUAAUCUUGGGAAUGGACAAGCAACCUACUGAUUUUGUGCUUAAUAAUAAUAAUGCCAUUUUAAACGUUACCUACAGCGCAUCAACGAAGGUGGUAAAAAUCACUGAUCUCAACGGACUGGUGCUGGGACAAGAAUUCUCCAUUGGGUGGAGGCUUUCCGUCAGUGACCUAGAGAAGUUCAACUGCUACCCUGAGGAACCCACUGCCUCCGAGGAGAUGUGCCGGAAUCGGGGGUGCCUUUGGGAGCACACAACUGCUCCUGGCGUGCCCGCCUGCUUCUAUGACACUAUCCCUAGCUAUGCUGUCAGUAACAUUCGGAAUUCGCCCACUGGCAUCACCUUAGACCUUACCCACCUGAAGGCCCCCGAGUCGGCACGAGCAGCUGCACCCCCACCACCACGGGGCGCGCCACCUCCACCUGCCGCCGCUGCCUCGGACCCUCUGUCUGCAAAGAUCAGCUCCCUGACGCUCAGAGUAAUCUACCACACAGAAAGCAUGCUGCAGUUCAAGAUCUAUGAUCCCACUAAUAAAAGGUAUGAGGUCCCGGUGCCACUGAACAUCCCUCCCUCUCCUGUGGGCUCCCCGGAAAACCGUCUGUACGAUGUCAGGAUUCAAAGCAAUCCUUUCGGGAUCCAGAUUCGACGGAAAAACUCCAGCACUGUGAUUUGGGAUUCUCAGCUCCCUGGCUUUGCCUUCAAUGACAUGUUCCUUUCCAUUGCUACUCGCCUCCCCUCUAAGAACAUCUAUGGCUUCGGGGAAACCGAGCACACAACUUUCAGAAGAAACAUUAGCUGGAACACGUGGGGACUGUUUGCUCGAGAUGAGCCACCAGCGUACAAGAAGAAUUCCUAUGGCGUCCACCCCUACUACAUGGGACUGGAGGAAGAUGGCAAUGCCCAUGGAGUGCUUCUGCUAAACAGCAAUGCCAUGGAUGUGACAUUCCAGCCCACUCCUGCCCUGACAUACCGCAUCAUAGGAGGGAUUUUGGAUUUUUAUGUGGUUUUGGGGCCAACCCCCGAGCUUGUAACUCAGCAAUAUACAGAGUUGGUCGGUCGGCCAGCAAUGCCGUCAUACUGGGCCUUGGGAUUCCAGCUGAGUCGCUAUGGAUACCAGAAUGAUGCUGAAAUCUCCAAUUUGUAUGAUGAGAUGGUGGCAGCCCAGAUUCCCUAUGAUGUCCAGCAUGUAGACAUCGAUUACAUGGACCGGAAGCUGGACUUCACCCUCAGCAACAGCUUUCAAAACCUUGGUCUCCUGAUGGAGCGAAUGAAGCAAAAGGGCAUGAGAUUUAUCCUUGUUCUGGAUCCAGCCAUUUCUGGCAAGGAGACCCAGUAUCUUCCAUUCACCAGAGGGCAGGAAAACAAUGUAUUCAUCAAAUGGCCCAACAACAGUGAUAUUGUCUGGGGAGAGCUGUACGGAGCCCAGGUUGCGUAUCCUGACUUCAUGCGCAACGGCACGGCUGCGUGGUGGAAGAACGAAAUUGCUGAGCUCUACCUGAACCCUAGAGACUCAAAGAAGAGCUUGAAGUUCGAUGGACUGCGGAUCGAUAAGAAUGAGCCGUCAAACUCUGUGGAUGGGUCUGUCAGGGGCUGCAGUGAAGACAUUCUUAACCAUCCACCUUAUAUGCCGAAUCUGGACUCCAGGGACAGGGGACUGAGCAGCAAGACCCUGUGCAUGGAGGGCGAGCAGAUCCUGCCCGAUGGCUCCCGGGUGCGACAUUACGAUGUGCACAGCCUGUACGGGUGGUCCCAGACCAGACCCACAUACGAAGCGGUGCAGGAGGUGACGAGACAGCGCGGGGUCGUCGUCACCCGCUCCACGUUCCCCUCUUCUGGCCGCUGGGCAGGACACUGGCUGGGAGACAACACGGCGGCAUGGGACCAGCUGCGGAAAUCUAUCAUUGGCAUGAUGGAGUUUAGUCUCUUCGGAAUACCUUAUACAGGAGCGGAUAUCUGUGGGUUCUUUAACGAUGCUGAAUAUGAGAUGUGUCUUCGCUGGAUGCAGCUGGGGGCCUUUUACCCCUUUUCCAGGAACCACAACAACAUCGGGACGCGGAGGCAAGAUCCGGUGGCCUGGGAUUCCGCCUUUGCGAUGGACUCCAGGAAAGUCCUGCAGGUGCGGUACACCCUGCUGCCGUACCUCUACACCUUGAUGCACAGGGCCCACGUGGAGGGCAGCACCGUCGUCCGGCCCCUCUUCCACGAGUUUCGAGAGGACAGCACAACGUGGGAUAUAGACCGCCAGUUCAUGUGGGGUCCUGCCAUCCUCAUCAGCCCGGUGCUGGCAAACAACACUUUUGAGAUUGAAGCUUAUUUUCCCAGAGCCCGUUGGUAUGACUACAGCACGGCAUCUGGCAACACAUCGACAGGUGAGUGGAGAGUCCUACAGGCCCCCAUUGACCACAUCAACCUCCAUAUCAGAGGAGGCUACAUCUUGCCUUGGCAAGAGGCUGCACUGAACACUCACUCCAGUCGACAAAAUUUUAUGGGCUUGAUUGUUGCUUUGGACGACAACGGGAAAGCUGAAGGGCAGAUGUUCUGGGAUGAUGGACAGAGCAUUGAUACCUAUGAAAAUGGAGACUAUUUUUUGGCAAACUUUAUAGCAGCUCAGAACACAUUGCAAAUCAAGACCAUACACAAUAAGUAUUUGAGUGACUCAAAUCCACUGAAAGUUGGAUAUAUUAAAAUCUGGGGGAUCCGUUCUACUUAUGUGACGCAAGUCAGUAUCACCUAUGACAACCAGCAAGUCAUGGCAACAAAUUUCGAGAGUAACCCUUACAAUCAGACACUAAGUAUUCAAUUGACGGACAUGAAGAUCAGGAUGGAACUCUUAACUGAGGUCACUUGGAGUCACCAUGGUCCCGAUUUUUCUACUAGUACUGCCUUUCCCACCAGAACCCCCAUUUUCCCAACAAGCACUGCUGAUGUGACAGCUGAUACUAAUGCUCCUAAUACAACCACCCCUGUCCCUGCAAAUACUACUGCUGCUACCGCUAGUACUGCCUUUCCCACCACAACCAGUAUUUUCCCAACAGGUACUAUUACUGUAACACCUGGUACUACUGCUCCUAAUACAUCUACUCCUGUCCCUGGAAAUACUACUACUACUACCAAUAGUACUGCCUUUCCCACCACAACCACUACUUUCCCAACAGGUACUAUUACUGUAACACCUGGUACUACUGCUCCUAAUACAUCUACUCCUGUCCCUGGAAAUACUACUACUACUACCAAUAGUACUGCCUUUCCCACCACAACCACUACUUUCCCGACAGGUACUAUUACUGUAACACCUGGUACUACUGCUCCUAAUACAUCUACUCCUGUCCCUGGAAAUACUACUACUACUACCAAUAGUACUGCCUUUCCCACCACAACCACUACUUUCCCGACAGGUACUAUUACUGUAACACCUGGUACUACUGCUCCUAAUAUAUCUACUCCUGUCCCUGGAAAUACUACUACUGCUACCAAUAGUACUGUCUUUCCCACCACAACCACUACUUUCCCAACAGGUACUAUUACUGUAACACCUGGUACUACUGCUCCUAAUACAUCUACUCCUGUCCCUGGAAAUACUACUACUACUACCAAUAGUACUGCCUUUCCCACCACAACCACUACUUUCCCGACAGAUACUGAUCCUACUAAUGCUAAUCAUACCGUUCCAAUUACAACUAUUCAUUCUCUUAUAAAUACUGUGACAGAUACUACUCGCAUGGAUUCAGACACAUUAGCAUCUGCUCUUCUAGAUACAGCCAUUCAUCACCUUGUAACAACAAUUUCUAUAGCCAGUGUUUUACCUAUUAUUGCAACUAAUGCUACUGCAGCUAAUACAAAUGUUACCUUAUAUGCUUCCAAUACUAUCAUUCCUGAUAGAACACCAGCGGAUGCUUCUUCUAUAGCAAAUACCACAGAUACUCCUCUAGUUCCCUGA